GACAAUAGCGGCAUGUACAAGUUAGAGUGAAAGCAGCAAAAUGGAUAACACAUUGCCGGAAGUAACAUUCUGGGUGAGUGGUACUGAAUAUACAGUUAAAACAGGUGAGGUCACCCCGGAAACCACGCUCAACACUUACUUGAGGGAUUACCUCCACCUUACAGGCACGAAGAAAUUAUGUUUGGAAGGAGGAUGUGGUACUUGCGUAGUUGCGGUAGAAGAAGCUGUUGGCAAUACGAAACGGGUGUUUGCUGUUAAUUCCUGCUUGGUCUCUGUAUUUUCUGCUCAAGGAUGGAAAAUCCAUACCAUUGAAGGUAUCGGUGGGCCACUAGAUGGAUACCACCCUAUCCAGAAACUGUUGGCGAACAACAACGGUUCGCAGUGCGGAUUUUGUUCCACUGGAAUGGUUAUGAAUAUGUAUGCCUUGAACGAAUCCGGUCCAAAAACUCAGCAAGAGAUCGAGGAUGCUUUCAGUGGCAAUAUUUGCAGAUGUACUGGAUACAGGCCCAUUUUGCAAGCGUUUAGACAAUUAGCUUCAGAUGCUAAUCAGAAAUUGGCAGAUAUCGAAGAUACGAAACCAUGUAACAAGGGCAAAUGUCUUAAUCAAUGUGAAGAGAAGUGCAUCAAGAAUAAAGUAAGUUACAAAUUUACUGAUGGAAUUUAUGUCUGGAUAAAAGUGUACACACUGCAACAACUAUUGCUGGUUUUAAACACAUUAGGGACAAAAACUUACAUGUUGGUUGCUGGAUAUACUGCAAAAGGUGUUUACAGAGUAACAACCCUUCCAGACGUAUAUAUCGAUGUGGCAAGUGUAACUCAACUAACAACUUACUCCGUGACAUCUACUACGCUAACCAUAGGUGGAAACUUCGCGCUAAACAACGCUAUAGAGCUUUUCAAAGAAGUAGCUGAAGGAAAUGCGAACUUUGCAUACUUGACGACCAUGGCCAAACAUGUUGCAUUAGUAGCAAACGUUGCUGUGCGAAAUAUUGGCACGUUAGCUGGAAAUCUGAUGAUUAAAUAUUAUCACAAUGAAUUUCAAUCCGAUAUAUUUCUACUUUUGGAAACUUUUAACGCAGUUUUGGUAAUAGUUGAUUCAAAAGGGAAUGAAGUGAAAGUAAGCCCUAAAGAAUUUCUUGCUUUAGAUAUGAACAAAAGGGUCAUAAAGCAGGUCGUUCUUAGUGCUUUGAAUUCCACUUACAAAUACGAGACGUACAAGAUAAUGGGUCGCGCAGUGGCAAGUGUAACUCAACUAACAUCUUACUCCGUGACAUCUACUACGCUAACCAUAGGUGGAAACUUCGCGCUAAAUAACGCUAUAGAGCUUUUCAAAGAAGUAGCUGAAGGAAAUGCGAACUUUGCAUACUUGACGACCAUGGCCAAACAUGUUGCAUUAGUAGCAAAUGUUGCUGUGCGAAAUAUUGGUACGUUAGCUGGAAAUCUGAUGAUUAAAUAUUAUCACAAUGAAUUUCAAUCCGAUAUAUUUCUGCUUUUGGAAACUUUUAACGCAGUUAUGGUAAUAGUUGAUUCAAAAGGGAAUGAAGUGAAAGUAAGCCCUAAAGAAUUUCUUGCUUUAGAUAUGAACAAAAGGGUCAUAAAGCAGGUCGUUCUUAGUGCUUUGAAUUCCACUUACAAAUACGAGACGUACAAGAUAAUGGGUCGCGCACAAAAUACUCAUGCUCUUGUGAACGCCGGCUUUCUAUUAAAAUUGAACUACCAAACUGUCGUAUCGGCAAGAAUUGUAUAUGGGGCCAUCAACCCUCAGUUUGUUCACGCUUCGAGUCUGGAAACGUUCUUAUCAGGAAAGAUUUUAUUCAAUAACGAUGUCUUGAGACAAGCAUUCCAAGUUUUGGACGCUGAAAUACAACCUGAUCAUGUUCUACCCGAUCCAACUCCAGAAUUUCGAAAAAUGUUAGCUGUGUCUCUGUUUUAUAAGUUCGUACUAAGUAUUGCCCCAGAUGAUCUGGUAUCAAGCAGAAAUAAAAGCGGAGGAUCACUUCUUGAGAGGCCACUAUCUACGGGAAUCCAAGAAUUUGGUACUAAUCCGGAGAACUAUCCUGUUACAGAGCCCAUCAUUAAAGUUGAAGCUUUAGCACAAUGCUCAGGUCAAGCCGAGUAUAUCAUCGAUAUGCCUGAUCGACCGCAUCAACUGUUUGCUGCUUUAGUUACGGCAAAGGCGAUGGCCAAUUCGUAUGUUCUAUCCGUUGACACAUCCAAAGCUUUGGCGACAGCGGGUGUGGUGGCAUAUUUUGGCAAGGAUGACAUUCCAGGAGAGAAUACGUUUAUUCCAGCCAUGACCAGUCUUACGGUUCAGGAAGAACUUUUCUGUAGUGGAAGGGUCCAGUACUACGACCAAACUAUUGGAAUAAUAGUUGCGAAAACCCACGACCUCGCUGUCAAAGCUGUUGAAUUAGUCGAAGUCACUUAUUCUGCACCUGUCCAAAGGCCUUACUUGAAUAUUAAAGAAGUACUCGACGCGAAUGAUACCUCGCGAAUUCAAGCGGUUACAACUGUGGUGGCAAAAACACAGGGUACUGAUAUAGCUCACGUUAUUAAAGGGACGUUCUAUAUAGGCAUGCAGUAUCAUUUUCACAUGGAGGCACAAUGUUGUAAUGUUGUCCCCACUGAAGACAGCUUGGAUUUAUAUCCAUCGUCUCAGUGGAUGGAUCUAAACCAGCUUGCUUGUGCAGCAGCUUUAAAUAUUCCCACUAGCAGAGUUAACGUAAAAGUACGAAGACUGGGAGGUGCCUUUGGGGCUAAAAUUAUGAGAAACACCCUUGUCUCUACCGCUUGUGCACUAGCUGCCCAUAAACUUAACAAACCCGUCAAGAUCUGGCUGCCCAUGGAGACGAAUAUGACUACCAUUGGAAAACGAUAUCCUCUCUAUGCCAAUUACGAGGCCGGAGUUAACGCCCAGGGCGUUAUUCAGUAUUUGGAGACCGAUUUGUACAGCGAUUUUGGUGUCGGGGGGAACGAAUCCAUUGACCCUUUUCUUAUCGAUAUGUUCGAAAAUUGCUACGACACCAGCACUUGGAACUUUACCAGUCACAUAGUCAAAACUGACACUCACGCUAAUUGCUGGACUAGAGCUCCAGGUUCUGUGGAGGGUUUAGCGGCUAUAGAGCAUAUCAUGGAGCAAAUAGCUUAUACUGUGAAUCUGGAUACAGCGGCGGUAAAGGCAGCUAACUUCGAUACGGUUAACCAUCCAAAACUGGUGGAACUGUGGAAUGAAAUGCAAACAUGGGGUGAAAUACCAACCAGAAAACAGGAAAUAGCAGCUUAUAAUGCGGCUAACAGAUGGAAAAAGAAAGGUAUGUCUUUGGUGCCGAUGGCAUGGACGUUGGAUUUUGCAGUGAACUAUACGGUGUUAGUUUCGAUAUUCCAUGGAGAUGGCGGAGUGGUGAUUUCUCAUGGUGGUAUAGAGAUGGGACAAGGUAUUAAUACAAAGGCAAUUCAAUCAUGUGCCUACAAAUUUGGAAUACCAAUAGACUUGAUUACUGUCAAGCCAAGCUACAACGUCAUAGCACCAAAUUCUAUGGCGAGUGGGGGCAGCAUAACAAGUGAGGGAGUUUGUUUUGGUGUGUUGAGAGCUUGUGACAUGUUAAUUCAACGAAUGGCGCCAAUAAAGGAAAGUUUAGGAGGAAAUCCUGCCUGGGCGGAUUUAAUAAAUGCUUGUUAUGCUGCAAAUAUACAACUUACAGCGUCAGGAUUCUUUUCUCCAAAUGAACCAGGUUUCCCGAGGUAUGUAGUUUAUGGUGUAAACGCAAGUGAAGUAGAAGUUGAUAUUUUAACUGGUCAGAAACUGAUUUCAAGAUACGAUAUGAUUGAAGACGUUGGAGAAAGCAUCAGUCCUCUCAUUGACAUUGGUCAAGUGGAAGGAGCGGUAGCAAUGGGUAUUGGUUACUAUACAACUGAACAAAUAGUUACUAAUGAAGAAGGUAGAAUCUUGACCAAUAGAACUUGGUAUUACACUCCUCCAGGUGCUAAAGAUAUACCUGUCAACCUAAGGAUUAAAUUCCCCGAAAACAACCCGAACCCUGAAGGAGUGCUGAGAUCUAAAGCUAUUGCUGAACCGCCCAUCUGCGUUACUUGUAGCAUCCCUCUAGCUAUCAGAAAUGCCAUGGCUUCGGCUAGAACAGAAGCCGAUCCUAGCCAACCAAAAUUUUAUUUAUUUGAUGGACCAAGUACAGUCGAAAAUACACUACUUAAUUCCUGUAAUUCAUAUGAACAGUAUACUUUAUAAUAACAAAAUAAGUAACAAUAACCAUCUUAUGUGUGUGUUUUGUAUUAUUGGGAUAUACGGUUAUGUGUGUACUAGGAGUUAUAAAUUGUAUGUAUAUAUAAAUGGUGUUAAUAAAUAAGUGGUGUGUG